AUGCGUCUUGCAUUAUAUUCUUUUCUUUUUCUUAUCUUUGCUUUCCAAUACUACUGUUUUCGAUUUCCUGGAAUGGGUCGUAGACAUAAUAAAUUAAAACUACAUAAUUCAAAUUAUAUACAACGUUCUAAUAGUUUCAGUUACUAUCGUAAUCCUCUAAAUCAAAGAGGUCAAAUAAUGAAUCCCCAACCUUCAAUGUAUCAAAGAAUGAAUGGACGUAAAAAGAGAGAUUUAUAUGAAAUUUUCAAGAAGAUGUAA